GACUUGCACAGUCAGGUCUCCGAGGUACUUUGCAAAGCUGGAGUGGGGUUGAAGGGAAUUAUUUCCUCAGACCAGUAUCAGUGGCUGCUAGCUGUUUUGCUGCCUGAUCCGUGGAAGGCAAUACUGACCAGUGCACAUCUUGACAAGGUCUCCUAGCAACCUUUUCUGCAGGGCUGAAUGACAGCAGGAGCAGCAGGGUAAAUUGAUGAGCUUGCCUGGGGAGCCUAUAAAUAGGCAAAAUCGGAACACACAAUGGGUCAGAAGGUCACAGGUGGGAUAAAGACUGUGGAUAUGAGGGACCCUGUAUACAGGCCACUGAAGCAGGAGCUCCAGGGACUCGACUACAGCAAACCCACACGUUUGGACUUGCUACUGGACAUGCCUCCGGUAUCCUAUGAAGUCCAGCUAUUGCAUUCAUGGAACAACGAUGACCGCUCGCUGAAUGUCUUUGUGAAAGAGGAUGACAAACUCAUAUUUCACCGGCAUCCGGUGGCUCAGAGCACAGACGCCAUCAGAGGCAAAGUGGGAUAUACACGAGGACUGCACGUGUGGCAGAUCACGUGGGCGAUGAGGCAGCGAGGCACGCAUGCUGUGGUAGGGGUGGCAACAGCAGAUGCCCCUUUGCAUUCUGUAGGUUAUACCACACUUGUGGGAAAUAACCACGAAUCUUGGGGGUGGGACCUUGGGCGCAACCGACUGUACCACGAUGGGAAGAACCAGCCCAGUAAAACCUACCCUGCCUUCUUAGAACCAGAUGAAACUUUCAUUGUGCCGGACUCCUUCCUCGUUGUUCUGGACAUGGACGAUGGGACACUGAGCUUCAUUGUAGAUGGGCAAUACAUGGGUGUUGCGUUUCGGGGACUCAAAGGGAAAAAGCUAUAUCCAGUGGUAAGCGCAGUGUGGGGGCACUGUGAAAUACGGAUGCGCUACUUGAAUGGACUUGACCCUGAACCACUGCCUCUGAUGGACUUGUGUCGGCGAGCUGUGAGGCUUGCUCUGGGCAAGGAAAGACUGAAUGAGAUCCCUACACUGCCACUGCCAGCUUCCCUCAAGAGUUAUCUGCUCUACCAAUGACCUUCAUGUUCAAGGACAGAGCUGGAACCAAGGCAAAAAAUCUGGAGCUGACCCACUGGUCAACGGGUUUGCCGCCCUCACGCCAUCGCUACUGUUGGAACUCCUUGGCCAAAGUACCCCUGUCAGCGCUAAAGCGAAUUCUCAAAUAAUCCUUGUUUCACAAGUAAAAUGAGCAUUUUGUUCUUUGGAAGUUGCUUCUCCAGCACACUUGCGAAAGGAACCUUUACAGAAGCUCUGUGCUUCCCUGCUUCUCCGGAUAAAGGCUGUACUGGAUCCUUUGGGUUGUAGAGCCUACGAGUGAAUUAUUCCUCUGUGCCAGCCAAAGGGGAGAGCAUGGAUUGGGGGAAGGGAAGUCAGUAGAGUGGAGGUCUUAAGACCAGGUGCUAAGAACGGAAAGGCACAGGGUGGCCAGCAGAGUUGGGAAGAGUCUGGAAUACCAAGAGGAAUUACCAGUGGGAUGUUAAAACCAAAAAAAAAAAAUACAUAUAUAAAACCAACAAGAACCUGAAACACCAAAACCAAGAACCUUUCCACCAGGACGCUUCAGUUUGAGAAGGCGGUUACGUAGCUGAUGUCUGCCUGUCUCUGUCAGGACUUCUCAACAUGUUCUGAGGUUAUUUAAUAGACAGUGAAUCUUGCUUACUUGUUUCCGCCAUUAUUGCUGUCCCAGUUCUCCUCCUGCUGUUUGUCCUGCCUUUUCUUAGUGGGUGUGACUCUGCUGACUGAGCAGUCAUCCCAUGUCUUCACUUGCCUUCUUUCUGUUGACUUAAAACUGCAGUUUUAAGUCAGGGAGUAAGGGGGUUCCUUGCCAGUGUGGGGACAGGGAAAGGACAAACUUGUCCUGCAAUAUAAGCCAGGCUGGUUGAGCUGAGACUCGUUGCACAGCUACAGGCCUUGCCUUCUUAAGUCUGCUUUCUGUAUAGCCUCUCUCUGUUAGGGCUUUAGAAACACAUACUGAAGUGUUCCUCUAAUGUCUCUGCCAGGGUAUUCUUUUAAAGCUGCUUAAAGUCCUCCAAACCAGGCUUUGUCCUGUCAUAGACCAUGAGCCUAAUCUCCUUUCAGCUAUGCAGCGGGAAUAGUUCUCCCUGUUCCUUGCUUGGGAAUGGGAAGAUCUCCCAGAGAGGGAGGUAGCAGUGUAGCUGCAGAAUUGCCAUCAGCAGACUAGAAAUCCAGAAGCUGGUGGCUGCUGCAGAAUAACGUAACUUGUGAGGCUUUAACAGAGCCACGUGGGGGUGACCUUCAGGCCCAGGAAGAAGAAAGGGAACCCCUCCAGAGCCAGGAGGGGGGAACUGCAAUAAACAACAGGACAAGCAAUUCAGGCAAAAUCAGCACAUCCCAAAUAAAGAUUCUUGCCUCAGUAGCCAAGGAAAGAGAGGAUCAGAGCGCUCUCUUGAUGUCUCCACAGGCUACUAUGCUGCCUUUCUGGGGUUAUUUUGCACAUUUCUUUGUCUUGAAAAAAUGUUUGUGUGGUUGGGUGUUUUUUUUGCUCUUGAGUUAUUCCUUCAGUUCUGUGUAGGUACAAAUGAGUUUAGUGGUUGAAAGUGUUAAUAUAUAUAUUUGUGGUGUAUGUAUAAGAACCAUGUUUUAAACAGCUGCUGUAGGGUACCUUUUUUAAAAAUAAACUACUUGCAUAGUAUAUUUUUUAAAGCACAGAAUUGGUGCCAAGACUGGGUGGGGUGUGAUGCGCCCCUUUUUAUAAUCUUAUCUUGUAUAUUUUUUUUUAACAUAGGGGUUUGUACUAGUUUCUGUUACAGGGUGGGACACAAGUUGCACAAGAAAAUUCAGUGUGUAUGAAGCCCUAUCUGGUUGCCUUCAACUUGAACCAGUGUCUUCCGUUAACUCCAGGGAAGCCUCUGUGUUCUUCCCACUUCUAAUGUUCUUUGCGCUCUCUUGUCUCCAUCUCCUCUCACUUCCCUAGUAUGUUGCUUUGUACAGUUUUAAAUUCUCACUUUCUAUUUUAUGGCUGUAGAUAAUAUUCAGUAACCUAAUAAACUUUAUUCAAUAUUA